GGUGCCAGCGCGUCACCGUGACGUCACGCCGGCAGAGCGACGUGGCACGCCGACGUUUAAAGGAACCGGAGCCCGUGAAGGAGCGUCGCCCUGUUCCCCACCGAGCAGCGACAAGCAGCCACCGGCACCGGAGACAUGGCGUCCAACAGCGGCUCAGUGGGCAGAUGGGAGGUCGUGAAGAAGGGGAAGAAGAACAGCAGCACCGGCACCGGCACCAGCAGCAGCAGCUCCGGGAAGAGCUCGACCGAGAAGAAGAGCGGCGGCGGCGGGGGGAGGAAAGCCCUGUGCGAGUCCAACCAGCCCUCCAGACCACCCCUGAUUUUGUCAGAGACUGUGUACGAAUGCUUCGAGAAGAUGGUGAAGAAACAGAACAAGGAGCAGGUUCCACCAGCGGCCGAGCCUCCGAGCAAGAAGCCCUCAACGAGUAAACCACCCAAGAAAUCAAACUCCAGCAGUACGGUCGCCCCUCCGACGCACAAGAGCCUGGAGGAGGCCUUCAAAGCUCUGGAUGUCGGGGACCUGAAGCAGCAGCUGGCCCACAGUCAGACUCUGUUCCCAGACAACCCGUCAGUCUGGGUCAAAGACCUGGCCGGGUACCUCAACCUCAAUCUGACUGUGCCGGAGACAGAGCCCACUCACAGCAGCUACGCUCACGACUACCCAUACUGCCUUACAGGGAAGGAGCUGAGGGGUGUGAUUAAAGGCCUCAUCAAGCGCUGCAGCGACGUUCUGCCAGGUUUCUUCGACCACUGUGUUUACACCAUGCUCAGGGAGCUGGACAGGCAGUCAGGAGAACCACUUCAUGGCUACAGAGUUUGCAUCCAGGCAAUUCUAAAGGACAAACCCAGAAUAGCCACCCAAAAUCUGCCAGAGUAUUUGGAGUUACUGCGGUCGGUUCAGAAUCGCCCAGUGAAGUGUUUGACUAUCAUGUGGGCUCUGGGACAAGCAGGAUUUUAUGACCUCAGCCAGGGACUAAGAGUGUGGCUGGGCAUCAUGCUUCCUGUGCUCGGAGUGAAAUCCUUGUCUGCGUAUGCCAUUGCCUAUCUGGAUCGAGGCUUCUCCUACUUCCUUUAACCUGGGAUAUUUGGCAUCAUGGGACCUAAAGACUUCUUUCCUCUACUGGUGUUUUUUUAUCUCCCAAAAACUAAUAACCCCAUUUUGUUUGUGUUCAGUCUGCAGGAGCAGCUGAGGCGUCUGUACCCUCGACUCAAAGUGCUCGCGUUCGGAGCCAAACCAGAGAGCACGCUACACCAGUACCUGCCGUCCUUUCUUUCCAGAGCCACGUCGCACUGUCCUGACGACAUGAAGAGAGAGCUGCUCAGCAGUAUGACCGAGUGUUUGUGUGUGGACGUACAAAGUCGAGUGUGGAAGCAGCUCUAUACAACACUUUACCAGUCCAGUCUGCUGUUGAAUCAUUUAUUGAAGUCUGGAAAGUCCUGCCCGAAGAACCUUGAAGAAACAAUCCAGUGGUUCGGAGUGACCAGUAGGGAGAUGAGCGACGCUGAGACUCAGGAGCUUCAGGUGCAACAACCUUUUAUCAGCUGGAUGGAGACAAACGCCUUAUAUUACUCUGAGUGUACGGGUCUGAGGCCACUGGUAGCCCAGGCCAUGGAAAUCAAGCAGCAGCCAUCUUCAUCUCUGAUCACACCACAGUUCGUCCUCUGGUCUGACAUGAAGCACCGCCUGUCAGAAACUCACCUGCCUGUGUUUCUCUCUUCCAGCGGUGAGGUGUCGGUGUCGUGUCUGCAGGGCCACGCCGUGACCUUCGCCAAUUCAACGUGGCAGCUGCUCCAACACACGACUUCCGCCGUCAAGACGUGGGCUCAGGAGCUGCUGACGAGAGCAUGAUCAUCAACAACAACGACGACAGAUACUGACUAAACUUACACACACAAUAAAAAACACAAGAAGGCUGCCUCUCAGUGCACGGGCUCCUCUCUGAAGCUGUCAUCGGACACUGCGGGGUCAGACCAAACCAGCGCUCACGCAGCAGGAACCGUCUUCUGUCUCUUGUUUCGGCUAAAUUUUAUCAAAUCAGUUUGCUGUUGUAUAGAUGUUUGUUUUCUACCGAUCCUUUUUGUCACUGCUGGACGCUGAGGUCGUCUCUCUCUCUCUCUUUCUCUCUCUUCUCUCGCUCUUUCCUUCUCUCUCUCUCUCUCUCUGAGUUUUCUACUGCAAAUAAACUGUUGCUUUAACAAAUUGUAAUUUAUAGAAGAUGUAGGUUUGUAGAUGAUUUAUAAGCAGUUUUUAUUUAAAGAUAUAUUAAGAAAAAUAGAGAAACUUGCUAAAGGGCAGGGAAAAGACCCCCACCCCCAAAAAAGAUAUUCCAGACUCAAAGACCUCAUCAGCUAAACUCUGAGGACCACUUCAUCUCCUCCUGCUCACUGUGAAGUCAGAUCACUUGUAUGAUUGUUUGUGUCGGGCUCAAUGAAGCCGUCAUCAAGUCCGAGGAACUGUCCUGUCACAGUGAGGAGCUCACAUCUGCCGGUGGAUGGACUGCCUCACCAGAUGUGGAGUCGACAACGUGACUCCAAACAGGAAAGAGUCUCCUCCGUGUGAAAAAUAAAACCUGCUCGCUGGCUUUUUGUCUUGCACAUCUUUGUCUUUGCUGCCUCUUCUGUCCCGUUUCUCGUUUUUUUUUUUUUUUGUUCAUCAGCAGCUCGACACCUGAGCUGAAAUCAGCGCGACGACUGUGUCCUCAUACUUGAAGGCUGAGGAUAUUCCGUGUGUGUGUGUGUGUCGAUGCACUUGUUCUCCUUUAAUUAACCCCGUGCCAACAUCCUCACUUACGCUCAUAGAACUUCAGAAUAAGAGCCCCCCCCCAGAAGAGACGAUUCACUAACAUUAACGAGAUGUUUGGAUGGAAAAAUGGCAAUUUAUGUCUUACUUUGUAAUGUGAAUGAUUUAUAAUAAAGAUUUCAACCCCA